AUGUUUAAACCACAAUUACUGGCGAAGGUCAAAAAAGUAAAGAGGCAGUAUAUGUCAUAUGUUGUCGACCACAUGGCCAAAGACGUCGGGCAUAAUAUAUUGAGAUUACCACCCUAUCAUUGCGAAUUAAACCCAAUAGAAUUGGCAUGGGCAAUGGUUAAGGGCCACGUCAAACAGCACAAUACGACAUACAAAAUCGAUGAUGUUAAGAUCCUUCUGAACACGGCAAUUGAACGGGUCAUCAUUGAAAAUUGGCAAAAUUUUAUUCAACAUGUCAAAACAGAGAAGGAUAAAUUGACCCAAGUAGACGAAAAUAUGGAUGACAUUUUGGACAAUUUAGAACCCUAUGUCCUCACUAUAACAGGCGAUACUUCCAAUUCUGACGAUGACGAUGAUGUACCUGCAUAA